CCAGUUAGGGAAGUCAAAGUCUCCUUGAUGGCCGUCCAGGGAUGCGCGUUGUCUCUGUGGCUGUCCCUCUUGCUGCCGGCACUGCUGGGGUGGAGAGCUACUGGAGCGCGAUGGAGCGGGGAGGGUACUACACCUCACCUCCAGAGCAUCUUCCUGGGCCGCUGCGCGGAGUACACCACGCUGCUGAGCCUCCAGCCGGGGGACAAAAAUUGCACAGCCAUCUGGGAGGCCUUCAAGGUGGUGCUGGACAAGGAUCCCUGCUCUGUGCUCCCCUCAGACUAUGAUCUCUUCAUUAACCUCUCUAGGCACUCGAUUCCUAGGGACAAGUCACUGUUCUGGGAAAAUAACCACCUACUCGUCAUGAGCUAUUCAGAGAACACCCGCCGCCUUAUGCCCCUCUGCGACGUUCUGUAUGGCAAGGUUGGCGAUUUCUUGAGCUGGUGUCGACAGGAAAAUGCCUCUGGACUUGAUUACCAGUCUUGCCCCACAUCAGAAGACUGUGAAAACAAUGCUGUGGACUCCUACUGGAAAGGUGCAUCCAUGCAGUAUUCAAGGGACAGUUCAGGGGUGAUCAAUGUCAUGUUGAAUGGCUCAGAACCCAAAGGAGCCUAUCCCACGAAAGGGUUUUUUGCAGAUUUUGAAAUCCCAUACUUACAAAAGGAUAAAGUCACAAGAAUUGAGAUCUGGGUCAUGCAUGAUGUUGGAGGACCCAAUGUGGAAUCCUGUGGCGAAGGCAGUGUGAAGAUCCUGGAAGACAGACUGGAGGCCCUGGGGUUCCAGCACAGCUGUAUCAAUGACUACCCACCGGUGAAGUUCUUAAUGUGUGUGGACCAUAGCACUCACCCCGACUGUGUCAUGAACUCAGCCUCACCAUCUAUGCAGAGGGAGAGCCCAUCUCUUCAUGCAAUAGGAGACGCCAGCCUUAUCAUCUCUCUCUUGGUAGCUUUGGCUUCAAGUUCUCAAGGGUGACUAGAAAAUCACCACAGUGUUCUAACAGAAGCCAACUUUGCCGCUAUCCUUGAGCAGUCCACUGUUGUGUAAACUAAGGGAGCCCACUGUCUCAAGACAAUUCCUUCUAGGAAAACAGUGUAUCCAGAUGGUAAUCCAAUUAUAUCUACAUUCAUGAUUCAAGAAACAAGGCAUUUAUCUAGUCCUUCUUAGCAGGCAGAAGUUGCUACUGUGGAGUUAAAGUUAUUAUUUUGUAUUUGAUAAUAAUACAAAGCACUGAGACCUGGAGUGUAGUAUAAUCUUAUAUAAUUAAAUGUAUUUUUGGAAGCACUUGUA